AUGGAAAACGUAUUGUCGAAUUUAAAGGAUAGUAAACCUGAUAUUAUUUUAACAAGCACACGUGAAUUUACAAAGGAUAAAUCAGAAAAAAAAGUAAAUUUGUCUAUAGGUAUAUGCUGUACUGAAGAUGGGGGGUUACAUGUAUUUAAAAGUGUAUUAGAAGCAGAAAAAUUAAUUUUAGAAAAAAAUAAGGAAAAACCUUAUUUAUUAAGUAAUGGUACUAAAGAUUUUUCUAUUUUAACUCAAAAAUUAAUUUUUGGAGAAAAUUCAGAAUAUAUGAGAGACAAGAGAAUAUGUUCUAUUCAGACAAUAGGGGGUACAGGUGCUAUAUUUAUAAUAUUGGAAUUUUUAAAGGGUUUUAAUAUUGAUAGUAUAUAUGUAACAAACAUUCCAUAUGUAAAUCAUAUUUAUAUGAUAGAAUCAUUUGGUUUUAAUUUAAAAUAUUUGAAAUAUUUUGAUUCUGAAUUAUUAGAUAUAAAUUAUGAAUCAUUUUUAAAUGAUUUAAGAAACAUUGAAAAUCGAUCAUGCAUACUUCUUCAGGCCUGUUGCUAUAAUCCAUGUAGUACAGAUAUUGAAGAAAUGUAUUUUGAUGAAAUAGCUGAAAUAGUUUUAGAAAAAAAUCAUUUAGUUAUAUUUGAUGUUGCUUACCAAGGUCUUGGAAAUUCUGAUAUAGAUAAAGAUGUGCUAUUAAUUAGAAAAUUUCAAGAAAAAAAAAUUUCAUUUGCUGUAUGUCAAUCUUUUUCUAAAAACAUGUCAUUAUACGGUGAACGAGCUGGGGCUCUACACAUUGUAUGUAAAAACAAAACUGAGAGACAAUUGCUUUUUAAUAAUUUACGUAUUCUUAUCAGAAGAUUUUACACAUCUCCUAUUAUUCAUACCAAUAGAAUCGUUUGCGAAGUUUUAAAAAAUGAAAAAUUAAAAUCCUUAUGGUUAAAAGAUUUAUAUGAAUUAUCCGAUCGUAUUAAAAAUAAUAGAAUUUUAUUUUUUGAUAAACUAGAAUUUUAUCAGAAAAAAUAUAAUUUAAAUUAUGAUUGGAAUAUUUAUAAAAAGCAAAAAGGUAUAUUUUCUUUUGUUCCAAUUCUUGGUAAUAUUUACAAGAAGUUAAGGGAUUAUCAUAUAUAUAUAAUUGAUAAUGGAAGAAUAAAUAUAUCUGGUAUAACUCAAAAGAAUGUCGAUUAUAUAACAGAAAAAAUAUGUCUUUGUUUAAGUGAAAUGUAG